CGACUCGUCGACACCAGAGACAGACCAUCAGCAUGGCUUACAAGGUGUGCGCAGUGUUGCUGCUCGUGGCGGCGGCUUGCCGGGCGGGGGUUCUGCACGGAGGAGCGGUCAGCUACGCCGCCGCUACGAACAGUCUGGGCCACGGCUACGGCGGUCUGGCGCUGGCUCAUGCUGCUCCUGCCAUCGACUACUACGCGCACCCCAAGUACGGGUUCGAGUACGGCGUGGCGGACCCGCACACGGGCGACGUGAAGAGCCAGUCGGAGCAGCGGGACGGGGAUGCAGUGGAGGGCCAGUACUCGCUGGUGGAGCCGGACGGGAGCACGCGGCUGGUGCAGUACCGCGCCGACGACCACAGCGGCUUCCAGGCCGUCGUCAGCAGGAUCGGCCACGCAGCGCACCCGGCGGCCGUCCACCCGCACCACGGCUACCACUGAGACUACCCGCCUGCUACCCGCCUGCCACCCGCCUGGCCUAGCCACCGAGACCACCUGCUGUCCGCAGCUAAGGGACACCUAGUCCACGGCAACCAGAAAAGACACGGCGUCGCUACUCUUGCGACGUUUUACACACGACUGUUAUUUCAAACACAUUUUUUUUUAAAGCAAUAAAUACAUUUUAAUACAAAAA